UGGCGGCCGCUGCACGGAGAUUACGGCGUUAGCGGAUAAUUUAGGCUUUAUUUCUAGAAAACGUUAAACGUUUGCCAAUUUUGUGUUAAAACUUAGUUUAGUGUUAUGUCUUAGCUUUGGUUUACCGACCAAACAAGAAUUGUGGCGUUUUGCACUGAAAGUGUGAUGUUAUUGGACAUUAAAAAUGUCGGCAAUGUGGAAGCUAGAAAAGGACUUGUGCCGAUGUUGUCACGCGGAGGGCUCCUUUAAACAUCUAUCGGAUCCCUGCUUCCUUCUGGGGCAGGAGGAAAUCUACUCCGUCAUGUUAAAAGACUGUCUUGAUAUCAAGAUUGUCCCCAUGACGGGGCCCCUCUCCGAUGCCACAUACACAAUAUGCGAGGCCUGCGUGGGGCGGCUCCGAGACGCCUCCAACUUCAAGCGCCAGGUGCAGGACUGCGAGCAACGCUUCAAGGAGAUGUACAGCAAGAACAUGGUCAAAGGUUUUGAAGUCAAAGCUGAACCUUUUGAGGGUGAUGCUGCCAUGAAGCAAGAAUCCCGAAGCGUUGAUGAGUCAGAUGAUGACGAUGAAGCCUUCAUGAAGUUUGAUGAUGAACUAAGCGGCGGAGACACUUCAUACGAAGAACAUGAAGAAGCGGAAGAGAUGAUCACCGUCGAGAUACAAGGCGAGCCGAGCAAGGGCAAGGGCAAACUCAAGGCCAGGAGGAAGACCCCCAAUAAGAGAGCCAAGAAGGAGAAACCUAUUAAGACGGAGGGCGAUGAUUCGACGGAGGCGACGGCGAGCGGAGAGAAGAAGAAAGAUCAAGAAAAGCACACCAUGAAAGCUUGCUACAAGUGUAAGAAGAUACGCAGAAUAGAAGACCUAGGCGAAACGAAGAAGUGUCCGGAUUGCGCUACAGUCCUCACCAACUGUGUGGUGAGGCUAGUCAGGGAGCAGCUCACAGCGGGGCCUGUCACCAACUUCUUCAUCACCACAGACCCGGUCAACGACGGACAAGCUAAAUCAGAACCUCAAGCAGCCGGGAGCUCCGCUUCUGACCCGGCCCCGACAAGCGUGCUGCGCAACUUUCUUCUGAGAGGAGCGGGUAAUUCAAAAACGGAAAACGAAAGCGAAACAAGUGACAGUCUAAAAGUGAAAAUAGAAGACUCAGAUGACGAUAGUUUAGCAAAUUUAGUUAAGAAACGUGAUAAAUUCGAAGUGUACGGCUGUAAAGAAUGCCAGAAGACGUUCGAUAAAAAGUCCGCCCUCCAAAAGCAUAUAAGAAGCUUUCACAGAAAGCAUACAUUUAACUGUCCAGACUGUCCGGAGACUUUCCCUACGAAAAGGACGCUACAGACUCACGCGAAGAAGGUGCACGAUAAGAACACCGGUGUCGAGAAAGACACGAGAUAUAAGACAUUUAUCAAAGUGAUUCGAGAACCACCGGGCGAGGUCAUAUAUGCAUGUACGGUGUGCGACGUCAAAUUUCAUCGGCUCGUGGAAAUCACCGCGCACACCAAAGUUCACGCACACAAGCGAACUUGCCCUGUGUGUUUCAAGUUCUUCCCGGAUCUAGCGGAGUAUAAAGCGCACAGAGCCGCGCCUCAUCCCGGCGCUAAAAAAUUCGCGUGUCAUGACUGCGAAUGCGUUUACGAGACCGUAUUUGACUUAAGGAAGCAUAAAAUAGCAGCCCAUAAUAAACGCAAAUGUCCUCAUUGCGAAGAAAUGGUCACCAAAAAGUCGUUAGAAAAUCACUUACGAGAGUUUCAUAGUGAAUCCUUACUAACCUGCGGAGUAUGUGGCUAUAAAGCGUUAAGACAAGCUAGUAUAAACACUCAUCAAAAAAAGGUACAUUUGAAGGAGAAAAAUGUUAUUUGUGACAUUUGUCAUUUCCCAUUUUAUAAUAGCACUGAUUUGAAGAGACAUAUGGUGAAACACAAAGCGGAGAAAAUCUUUGAGUGUGGACAUUGCAAGAAGAAAUUUGCGCGAAAAUCAACGUUAUAUUUGCACGAGAAGAUUCACACAGGGGAGAAAAAUAAAGUUUGCGUGGCGUGCGGCGCUGCCUUCGUGCAGAAGGCGAGCCUGAACUACCACAUGGUGAAAUACCACCCAGACCGUGUCUAGCUUUCCAUAUGGCUGAGGUGGGUUCAAACCUCGGUUCUGACCUCAGAGCAUAUAACACUAGAGAGCGGCUAAGUCACCGGCGAACAUGCGAUGACACGACACGCUGGUCGCAUUACACAGCAUGGAAAUGAUGUGAGUGUAUUGCGCAAUAGUCGCCCGGCAAGUCCUAUCUCCUCCUUUUCUAUAUCUAUGGUUGUGACGUAUGAAGCGGAAUAUUUUAUACCUACUUAACAAAUGCCAAACGACUGUUAAAAACGGUACUGCUACGGUACUUGGAGAAUCCUUAUCGAGUUAUUAACACGGAUAAGCGGUAGAUAUAUGCAUUUUGUCUUUAUCCCAAUAAGUUUGACCUUUUAAUUUGGAGUACGAUUGAUGUACCUUCAUUCCAUGCCCCAUAGGCUUUUUGUUUCUUUAUCUAU